AAGGAAAGACCAGCAGAGGGGAAAGAGAAACUGGGAGAGCAGAGGAAGAGAGACAGUGAGAAGGAGCGUCCGGGAGAGAAGGAAACAGCAGACGUGGAGGGCCAGAGAGAGAGAGGGCGAGAGGGAGGGAACAGAAGGGAGACUUAAAGAGAUUGUGAGCCCAGGAGAGGAUUUGGACAGAAACAGAAAGACUGGGACAGAAAGUGAUAUAGGGGGUGGGGGAGCUGCGGACGAGAGGGUGUGUAAGGGAGAGACGGAAAGAGACAGAGGUUAGAGACAGCGAGAGGGACGGGAGGGGAGAUUGCAGAGAGAGAGACGGGAUAGAAGGAAGGGAGAGGGUGAGGCAGAGACAAAGAGACGGACAGGGUGGGAAUGAGCAGGUGAGCAAGGAAGGCUGUGAGAGGCAGCCCCUAAGAGGCAGAGGAGGGGGACUGUGGCUGGGGGGGGGGUCCCUGCACCCACACUGCCCUCUUGUGCCCUCUGGCCUUGGGACCCCAGAGCUGCCCCUGAUGGAGGAGGGCAGACCUCGGAGCAGCCUCAGCCUGGCCAGCAGCGCCUCUACCAUCUCCUCGCUCGGCAGCCUGAGCACCAAGAAGCCUACUCGGGCUGUAAGCAAGGUGCACGCCUUCGGGAAGAGGGGCAAUGCGCUCAGAAGGGAUCCCAACCUCCCCGUGCACAUCCGAGGCUGGCUUCAUAAGCAGGACAGCUCCGGGCUCCGGCUCUGGAAACGCCGCUGGUUUGUCCUCUCUGGCCAUUGCCUCUUCUAUUACAAGGACAGCCGCGAGGAGAGCGUCCUGGGUAGCGUCCUGCUCCCCAGCUACAGUAUCAGGCCAGAUGGGCCAGGAGCCCCCCGAGGGCGGCGCUUCACCUUCACUGCGGAGCACCCGGGCAUGAGGACUUACGUUCUGGCAGCUGACACGCUAGAGGACCUGCGGGGCUGGCUACGGGCACUGGGUCGCGCCUCUCGUGCCGAGGGGGACGAGUGUGGGCAGCCCAGGUCACCUGCACGUUCCCAGGCUGAGGAGGGGCCUGGAGGCCCAGGUGGUCCCCCAGAGGUGAUCAGAGCGGAAGUGGGGCGCGGUUCGGAAUCCCCGGAGGUGGCUCGGCUCUCCAGAGGUCGAGGGCGAUCCGGCCUAGUCACUCCCAGCCCCACCAUCGAUCUCCAAUCUGGACACCGCAUUCGGAGGACAAGAAGCCCGGACCUCUUCACACCCCUCUCUCGCCCUCCCUCCCCUCUGAGCCUCCCCCGGCCCCGUUCUGCUCCUGCACGAAGACUCCCUCCCUCCUCUGGAGACACAGCACCUUCUGCCAGACCUCAUACCCCCCUGAGUCGCAUCGAUGUCCGGCCUCCCCUGGAUUGGGGCCCCCAGCGCCAAACCCUCUCCAGGCCCCCUACUCCCCGCCGAGGACCCUCCUCUGAGGCUGGGGGAGGAAGGCCCCCGAGGAGUCCCCAGCACUGGAGUCAGGAGGCCAGAACCACGGCCCCCUCUGGUUCCUCCACGUAUCUCCAGCUCCCUCCAAGACCUCCAGGGAACCGGGCUUCCAUGGUUUUAUUGCCGGGUCCCCCCAUGGACUCAACCUUCCAUCAAAGCUUGGAGACAGAUACUCUGUUGACCAAGUUGUGCGGGCAGGACAGGCUCCUAAGGAGGCUGCAGGAGGAGAUAGACCGGAGGCAGGAGGAGAAGGAGCAGCUAGAAGCAGCCCUGGAAUUGACCAGACAGCAGCUGGGCCAAACAACCAGGGAGGCUGCAGCUCCUGGGAGGGCUUGGGGGCGCCAGCGUCUCCUGCAGGACCGACUGGUCAGUGUGCGGGCCACUAUUUGUCAUCUGACCCAGGAGCGAGAGCGGGUUUGGGACACGUACAGCGGCCUGGAGCAGGAGCUGAGCACCCUGAGAGAGACCCUUGAGUACUUGCUGCACCUCGGGUCCCCCCAGGACAGAGCAUCUGCUCAGCAGCAACUGUGGAUGGUGGAAGACACGCUGGCUGGUCUGGGGGGUCCCCAGAAAUCACCCUCCCACACUGAGCCUGACUCCCCAUCCCCUGCACUCCAAGGCGAGGAGUCCUCAGAGAGGGAGAGCCUGCCCGAGUCCUUGGAACUGAGCGCGCCCCGGUCUCCGGAGGCUGACUGGGGGCGGCCCCCAGGGGGCGACAGAGAGCCCGCCAGCCCUCGCUCAGGUCUCGGAUCUCCAAGGGUCUCCCGGGCUUCCAGCCCUGAGGGUCGCCACCCCAUGUCCCCACAGGCAGGAGCCAAGCAGGUGCCCCCGGCCCGGCCCCGCAUGAGUGCCCAGGAGCAGCUGGAGAGGAUCCGCAGAAACCAGGAGUGUGGACGGCCUCUCCCUCGCCCAGCCUCCCCCGGGCUCCUCAGCCUGCAGAGGGCGCUGUCUCCAGCCAGACGCCAACCUGACACGGAACCAAAACCUGCCCUGGGACACUCAGGCCAGAAAUGGCUCAGAAGCUCUGGGUCCUGGAGCAGUCCGAGGAACACGACCCCUUAUUUACCAACAUCUGAGGGUCACCGGGAGCGAGUUCUCAGCCUCUCUCAAGCCUUGGCUGCUGAGGCGUCACAGUGGCACCGAAUGAUGACAGGUGGCAGUUUGGACUCUCGAGGAGACCCUCUUCCCCCUGCGUCGCCACCUCCGUCAGAUCCCACGCCCUGCGUGUCCUCGCCCCCAAGAUCUCCUCCAGUGGCCAGUUCCCACUCCACGGGGUUCUCCCACCGAGGGACUGGGCGCGACGCAGGCCCGGCCUCUUGGGAGCCGACCUGGGAUUCCGGGACCGCCCCUCCCGCGCUAACCCCAGACGAGGAGGCGUGGCCUCUGAGAGUCACGCUGCUACAGUCCAGCUUCUGACCCGCCCAAGCAGGGCAGCCAAUCAGAGCUGGAGGGCGUGUCCCGGAGGUACUUCCGGGACAGAUGGAGCCUCUUCCCUCACCUGAGGGCGUGAUCUGGUCCCCUCCCGGUGGCCGAGGAGUGGCUACUUUGGCCAAAGUUUGAUUUUCCCAAUACUUGUCCAAAUUUGGAUUAAAACAUUGAACUCUUAGUCGA